AUGUGUGUUCACCCUGCACUUGCAACCAAAUAUUUCGCAAAGAUGGAUCCCUUUGAAGAAAGUUACAGUGCAUCCACUCCUGGUUCCUCUGAAGAACCGUUUGCGGAUGACAGAGAAUAUGGAUCAGAUAAAGAUUACCGACCUUCUGGUAGUGAAUCUUUGAGUUCUGAAGACCCAGUUGGAAGUUCGCAAACAAGUUGCAUGCAAGAAACAGCGGCUAUAAUCUAG